AUGCCAGAAUUUGAUGAAAAACCUCGCGUGUUUUUAGAAGAAUUUCGUGUGAAGAAUGCUCCAAACGAUUAUGGUAUGGCCGAUGAAAAAUGGAGUUUUAAAAAAUUCACUAAGAAUUGCCGGAUUGUCAUCGUGCGAAUGGAUAAUUUUGAAAUGGAGUUUGACAUAAUUGGUAUACAGCCGGCCUUCGCAAAUGCGUUUCGUAGAUUGAUGUUGAGUGAAGUACCGAGUAUGGCCAUUGAAAAAGUUAUGGUUCGUAAUAACACUUCAAUAAUACAAGACGAAGUUCUAGCGCAUAGAUUGGGUAUGAUUCCAUUGAAAGCUGAUCCUAGAUUGUUUGAAUAUCGGCCUGAAGAUGCCACAGAAGGAACAGAGUUUGACACACUAGAAUUUUCACUGAAAGUAAAAUGUACCAUGAAUAAAUCUCAACCUAAAGACUCCUACAGAACUGAAGAUUUAUAUGAAAACUACAGCAUUUACUCAUCUCAAAUAAGAUGGCAACCCAUUCGCAAUCAAGCAUCUGUUCAUAGGGAAGCGGAUAUUGGUCCAGUGCAUGGCGACAUUCUAAUUUCAAAAAUGAGGCCUGGCCAUGAAUUUGAUCUACAACUUGUGGCUGUCAAAGGCAUUGGGAAAGACCAUGCUAAGUUUUCACCAGUUGCCACCGCCUCUUAUCGUCUAUUGCCUGAGGUAACAUUGACGCGUGAAGUACGCGGCAGUGAAGCUUCAUUGCUUCAGAGUUGCUUCGCGCCCGGUGUCAUUAGUUUAGAUUCUGAGGGAAGGGCUUAUGUCCGAGAUGCCAGAUACGACACUUGCAGCCGAAAUGUAUUCAGAUACGACGAAAUAAAAGACGCAGUAAUAUUAAGCCGCAUAAGAGAUCAUUUUAUAUUUAAUGUGGAAUCUGUUGGAGCCAUGCCACCAAAUGUUAUAUUUGUUGAAGCUGUUAAAAUACUAAGAGACAAAUGCAAAUCAUUCUUAGAAGAACUAAAUCAAUUUACAUAG